AUGCCACAGAGAGUAGCACGUACGUAUGAAGAAGCUGCCUUGAAGCCAGAGGUGAUGCAGCGCGGCAUUGACCUGGUGGCACCGUUGGCUCGGAUCUUGUUGCGACGCUCCGAGACUGUCAAGGAGUUUCAAGGUUGUACCACGGAUGCCGAGUGGGAAGCUUUUGAGAAAGAAUUCAACAUUACCAUUCCGGCUGACUUUAAGCUAUUGACCAACACGGUAGGAACCACUGGUUCCUGGUUGAAUGAUACCUGCCGAUUGACAACCCCCAAGGAUAUGGCCAAGAGUAUCAAGGAAUUACAAGAGAGAUAUCACACUUCGCUGUUGGAAGAGCCCCACUCUCAAUAUCAAAACGUGGGAGUGUGGCCCCAACAACAUGCUUUUCAUUUGGAGUGGGGUCUAGAUGAGCACGGCAAUGCAUUGUCCCAUUUCUGGUGCUGUGCCAAGUCCGACAAAGGCAGUGCUUGGCCAGUGGUUGCACUGGACUUGGAGGCCAACUUGCAAUACAAUGGCAGUCUCCACAUCUGCACGGUCACGGAAGCACUCUACCGGGAUGUCAUUGAUAAGAAGGGUAUGGCAGAUUAUUUCGAACAGGAAGAGGAUGAAGACGACGAGGAUGAUCAAGAAAUUGAAGGUAUUAUGAUGACGGAGCGACGUGUUUACAAGUUUGUCAAACAUGCCAACGCAGCUAAGAGCAAAAUCAAAACCAUUAGCGAUUUCGGUGACAUUGGAGAGGUAGAUUCCGAACAGGACAAAAAAGACAUGGCAAUGCUGGAUGAUGUCGACGAUUUGGAAAUCAUCGAUGGGCCUGAUGUGAAGACGAAGUGCACCAUCAUGGCACCUGUUGAUGCGGAGCCGGAAAAGAAGAAACAGCGACAGUCGUAA